AUGUCUACUGAAGAGUGGCUCAAUUCCGACGAAGACAGUCUGGUCGACGUUGAUGAUGAUGAACUGCGGGACAGUCAGAUUUCGAGACCAACAAAACGUCGCGCCAAUCUCUAUGAUGCGGUAGCUGGUCGUGUCAAUCCCCGUGGUGUGAAAGCCACCAAGUCAUUCGCUUCCCAAUACCGUGAUACAGCCUCGUCAGGCGCUCGAGCUCUGCGACCAGAGGAGCUUAUCUUUCGCGGACAAAAUCCGACAACGCCAUCUUCUAACGAAGAGUCAUAUUUCGCACAUGAGAACCUCCCGAAAAAUCACACUCUGCCGAGUUCUGAGCUGCUGGAGGCAAUCCAUGCCUACACGGCUGAUUAUUUAGAGUACGCUACGGCCGACAACGGAGUGGAUGACCACAGGACCAUGGACGAGACGGCACUGCUAGCGAUGGGUAUUCUCAUUGAAGAGAUGGCAUCCGAAGAAUUGGGUGACACAGGAGAUCUGGUCCUCGUGGAAGGAGAGGGUCUAUCGGAGGAAGAAAAAGAACUUGACAUUGAAAGCGACACUACGACACACUCGGCCGCACGGCCUCCACGGAGAAAGCGAAACAACAGCAAGGGGCGCAAAACGUCCAAGCGACGCAAAUUGGCUCGUUCGGCCUCUCUCACGACCGAUGCGGACACUGAAGGUGAUGAGGACCGAUGA